CGCGAUCAAUACCUUACCAGUUCAUAGUAGACAACGACCGACGUAACAACAUCAAGAGAAACGAUCUAUUUUAUCACGAUGGCCCCUUCUUCAACGAUAAUCGUGAGUAGUCAUACUUUCAGAGUCUAUCAUAUAUAAUACACACACAAGUUAAUUCCAUCUGCUAACCUUCCCAAAGUCCAAACUCAAGGUCCAACUGAAGCUCUCGAUUGCUCGCCUUCGUAUGGUACAGCAGAAAGAUGAAGCUGUUUCGAAGCAACAACGUAGAGCUAUGGCUCAGCUUCUGGAGACGGGAAAAAUAGAAUCUGCAAGGAUUCGGGUUGAGAACAUUAUUCGAUCCGACAUUACUACCGAACUUCACGAAAUCCUCGAGCUCUACUGCGAGUUACUCCUUGCGCGGACGGGACUUAUGGAAUCAUCAGUUUGCGAUCCGGGUUUAGAGGAAGCUGUGAAAAGUUUAAUAUAUGCUGCGCCCAGGACAGAGAUUAAGGAACUACAACAAGUGCGGGCAUUACUGUGCGAGAAGUACGGGAAGGAGUUCGCAUUGCAAGCGAUGGAGAACAGUGACGAGAAGGUAUCGGAGAAAGUAUUAAAGAAGCUUUCUGUUACUCCACCGGCGCAAGAAUUAGUGAACGGGUAUUUGGAGGAGAUCGCUAGGACGUACGGAGUUGACUGGCCGAAAAGAGUAAAGGAAGAUAUUGGACAGGCCCCGGAAUUCGUAGAUGAUGACGAUGACGAGAACCCGAGUGGCGGACAGGCACAGAAAAACUUGGAGGCGCCGUUGGUAGGGAAUGGUAGAGCUGACGAGGAAAGGGAGGAGUUAUUUAAAGCUACUCCGCCGGGGGGCUUUGGGCCAUCAAGCCCAUUGAGAGUUAAUCCACCCAGCCCCAGAACGGACAAUCUACACCCAAGAGUGCGUGGAGCGUUAGACCUAAAGCCAACAAAGAAGAUGCAAACUGCAAAUGCCCAAAAACCUGGCAUCCAAAGUAAAGGCCCAGUUGGUGGUACGAUACCAGAUGUGGAUGAGUUAGCGGCGAGAUUUGCAGCACUAAAGAAAUGAAGAGGUCAUAGACUAUUGCAAACACAGAUGGAGUUGGGAGUUAGGAGGAAAAUUCAGGCAAGCAUAGGGAUCUAUUUUCAAUUCGCCGUUAAUUUAUAUCACUGUUUGGGUGCCGUGUGACAAAUUUAUUCGGGGCUCUUAUCAUAGCCACUGCAGGGCA